GCAGUAGAGCGACGCCUUUUACCACGACUCCUUCACUCGGCGCGCAACUAACUCUUUCUCCCAGUCUGAGAGAGGAAAGCGCUGGAGAAACUGCAACGCCGUCGCCUGCUGCUCAAAAUUCCUCACCUGUCGUGUGUUGUAUUUUGUGUUUUCAAUAUGCUGUGUCGCUGUCGUUUGGAAGGCACUCUCGCCUGAAAACUAAUUUUACAUCCUAAAGAUGCUCAGGGUUCAUUUAUUAGUGGCCCUUGUGGUUACCAGCAGCGGGGUAUCUGACGCCAUUUACAUCCCUCCGGGCCCUAAAUAUCCCUGUCCCACGGACCAAAAGUCCAUAUUCCCGUGUCGGUGCGUGUCCGGCAGUGAUGAUGGCCUCCGCGUCAUUUGCGAACUUAGCGGCCUGGCCCCCAUGGCGGCCGCCUUCUCCAAUUUGGCCGCGCAGCCGGUGGAGCGGCUGACCAUCAGGAAGGGCCGGUUCACCAGCCUCUUCGGCCUGGGCUUGCGGCCGCUCAAAGUGACCGAGCUGAAAAUCGAAGACAGCCCUGUCAAGGUGAUAGAAGGCGACUUCCUGGAGGGCGUCAACAACACCCUGACGAUGCUCACGCUGAACGGCACCAAACUCGAGGCGUUUCCCACAAAGGCGUUCGAGCUGCUCGGCGAGACCAAGACCCUGAAGAUUGAAGGGCAUGCCGUGCAGUCACUGGCGGCUUCCUCUAUUCCUAUGCCCGCGCUCGAGACGUUUACCUUUGCGGAUGGACCCCUGUCUGACUUAGCCCCGGACACUUUCGCUUUGAGCAAAAAACUCAAGCACCUGGAGCUUCAUAGAAACGCUUUGAUGGAACUAAAGCGAGGUGUUUUUAAAGGCCUUAGGGAUCUCGAGAGUCUCGUUUUAUCUCACAACAACCUUUUGAAGGUUGAUUCCACUGCCCUGGCGGACCUCCCGAAGCUCUCUUCCUUGAAUUUAUCCCAUAACGCUCUAACUGAGCUGCCGAGAGGUGGCUUUGCGAGAAACACGCUUUUGAAGCAUCUUGAUAUGUCGCAUAAUAAUCUGAAAAAGCUCGACGCUAACACCUUUCGCGGCCUGAGAUUCUUAAGGCGUUUAUACUUUUCUGAUAACAUGAUAGAAGAAGUUGGAAGAGGGGCAUUCUCAUCCCUUACCAGAAUCGGCACAAUUGAUCUUGCCAGAAAUAAGCUCACUAAAGUCGACUUCCAAAUGUUUGCAGGACUACGCUAUGCCGAAAAACUGGAUGUUUCCGAGAAUCAAAUCACCGAGAUUCAAAAGCGGGCAUUUGUCGAGCUUUACUUGGUUGUCGUCAACAUUUCACACAACGUUAUCUCCUCUAUCGAGCCAGGCUCUUUUGAAAACUGCGCUAAUAUGACAGUGUUGGAUAUGAGCCACAAUUUGCUCACCACCAUCCCAAAAUCCGCCUUUGACGCUGUGAGCUACGCUGCAAACUUUUUCCUGCAGUACAACCAGAUUACCGAUUUUUCUACUAUUCCUUUGGCCAACAUGACUGGUUUGCAGACUUUAAAUGUCAGUUACAACGCUUUAACUAACAUUCCAAGAAACGGAUUCCCCAAACUCUACGAGCUACGGUCUGUGGAUUUGUCUCACAACAAGUUGACCAGCAUUUCCAAUGCAGUUUUCCAGCCUCUGUUCAGUUUGCGAAAUCUUGAUUUAAGCUUCAAUUCACUGGGGAAAUUGAGCAGCGCAGUGUUUGGAGCACUGCCUUCAUUGCUCGACCUUGAUUUGACGCACAAUGCCCUGACGGAAGUAGGAAGGGGUGCGUUUGCCAGGCUUAGUUCCAUCAGGAAUAUUUAUCUGGGCUACAACAAGAUUAGCAAAAUUGGUUUUCAACUACCUCCUGCGCUCUCUGUGCUCAGCAUGCCGCAUAAUGAACUUGAAACACUGUCAGGACACACUGAAGGAGAAAGCAUUUGGCCAACAAUGAACGCCCUCCUUGAGCUUGAUUUUGAUGAUAACAAGUUGGGAGACAGCUUGGCUGAUGACUCUAGUGCUCUAGCUAAUUUGCUAACGCUAAGAUCGCUUAGACUGAAUCGGAAUGGCUUGACUCGCCCGCCAAGAGCUGCGCUCGGUCCUCUCACCUCGUUGCAGUACGUCUUUUUGGAGGGCAACAACAUACAGAGUUUGCCCAAAGGCGCAUUUGGUCGACUUCCGAUCGUAUUUGAAAUACAGCUCGCGAACAACAAUAUGAAAAACAUCAGCGUAAAAGCGUUUGAGGGCUUCCUUCAGCUUCUCAAACUAAACUUGAGUUACAAUGAUUUGACGCAAAUCCCAAAUGGAGCAUUCGAAAGUUUGGUGUCGCUAAGAAAUCUGGACUUGUCGCACAACAGAAUUGAAAAAUUAGACAACAAAUCUCACGGGCUUUUAGAUGACUGUUUGUCUUUAGAAAAGAUUAAUUUGAGCCACAACAAUAUUGGCUUUGUGACCAGACCAAUGUUCCCGAGUAACCCGUACAUCCCAUACAAGUUGCGUGAGGUGGACCUCAGCCACAACGCUAUUCCCGUGCUUACGAUGGACUUGACUUGGGGCACAAAAAAGGUGCAAGUACUCGACGUUUCGCAUAAUCUCAUCAAUGAAAUCCGACCAGGUGUUAUAGGGAAUUUAACUUCUCUCAGGCACUUUGAUGUGUCAUACAAUGAAUUAGAGGAAUUGGCGGUGACAAAAAAAGAAGGCUUCCCCGCAAAUUUGACCGUGAUAAAUCUCCAACAUAACCAAUUCGAAUCACUUCCAUUGCAAGAGCUGUUGAGCGCAAAUCUAUCAAAACUCGAUUUGUCCAACAACAAGCUAAAGGAAUUCUCUGAAGAGCUCUCUUACAUGGUGGAAAAUGGCACUGUAGUGGACUUUUACGGCAACCCUCUUGAGUGCAACUGUUUAUUGCGGCCAGUAGUGAGAUGGCUGCUAGGACAAAUUGAGCCCACGCCAUGGAACACAGUGACCUGCGUGACCCCUAAUUUCCUGCAAGGACGAUCAGUUUCUAAUGUGCCUGAAGACAAACUGACGUGUUUGAAACCACCUAAGCAACAGCGCCUGCGAAUAACCCCAGACGUCGCGUACAGAAGUGUCAACAAAGCCAAGGACGGAGGGAUAAAAAUGAUUUGGUAUGUUCCAACCAGACAAGACAUUGGCAAUUUCCAAAUUAUAGUCCGAGACAAAGACACGCAAGAUGAUAUUUUUGAAAAAGAGGUGCCAUACACGAUGAGGAGCGAUACGAUCCCCCCUUUGCCAUCAGGUGGCAAUUUGCAAGUUUGCGUUUUAGCCAAAGACUCUGAAGGGCAGCUGAGACUUUGGAGAGACAGCCAGUGUCGGUCUCUCAAGAGCUUGACUUCAUCAGCUGAAAGCCUAAGUAAGCUACACUUCGCACUGUUCAUGGCUACGCUCACCGCGACCUGGAUUUUCUAAUUCAUAAGUUGCUUGUACCUGUGAUAUCAAUUAUUCAUUAAAUAUUAGCGUAAUUCAAA